AUGGGAAAACAGCCCAUCUUCACAACCAGAGCACAUGUCUUCCAAAUUGACCCCAGCACCAAGAAGAACUGGGUUCCUGCAAGCAAGCAGGCUGUAACUGUUUCCUACUUCUAUGACAGCACAAGAAACAGCUAUCGGAUUAUCAGUGUGGAUGGAGCCAAGGUGAUUAUAAACAGCACAAUCACUCCUAAUAUGACCUUUACUAAAACAUCGCAGAAGUUUGGUCAGUGGGCAGACAGCAGAGCAAACACGGUAUUUGGUUUGGGCUUUUCCUCUGAGCAGCACCUGACAAAGUUUGCAGAGAAAUUCCAGGAAGUAAAAGAAGCUGCCAAACUAGCAAGAGACAGAUCUCAAGAGAAAAUUGAAACAUCAAGCAAUCAUUCCCAAGAAUCUGGACGUGAAACACCAUGUUCUACCCGCGCCUCGAGUGUGAAUGGAACGGAUGAUGAGAAGGCAUCACAUGGUGGCCCUGCUGAUGCACAACUGAAAACUGAGAAUGAUAAAUUGAAAAUUGCUCUAGCCCAAAGCUCCUCCAAUGUAAAGAAAUGGGAAACAGAAUUGCAGACUCUGAGAGAGAGCAAUGCCAGACUAACCUCUGCACUGCAAGAAUCUGCUGCCAGCGUAGAGCAUUGGAAAAAACAGUUUACAGCAUGCAAGGAAGAAAAUGAUCAACUCAGGAACAAGAUUGAAGAGCUGGAAGAACAAUGUAAUGAAAUAAAUAAAGAAAAAGAAAGAAAUGUACAGCUGAGCAGACGCCUCCAGGAACUGGAAUCAGAACUUCAGGACAAAGAUCUAGAAUUGGAGGAGCUUCAAAAACAGGGUGAAAUUAUACCCCAGCUAAUGUCAGAGUGUGAAUCUGUAUCUCAGAAAUUGCAGGCUGCUGAGAAAAAGAACAAAGACCUUGAAGAGAAAGUCAGAGCACUCAGGGCAGAAGUGGAAGAGAACAAACACAGACAAAGCAACCUUAAAACUGAAUUAAAGAAUUUUUUAGAUGUACUAGAUGGCAAGAUAGAUGAAUUGCACGAUUUUCGACAAGGACUGUCUAAACUGGGAGUUGACAAUUAGAUCAAAACGCAUUUUUGUAAUCUAGGGUCUGAAUGUUUUGGUGUUUUGUUGAUCCCAAAUAUCUGUUUUACAAAACAUAACUAGAAUGUUUCACUUGUUUGCAUCAGUUUUGUACAUAGAAGAUGAACAUUUUCUGUGUGGGUUUUUGGGAAGGGAUUUUUGGUUGGUUGGUUGUUUGUUUUUCCCAAACCGAUCAUGCUGCUCACUGAAUUCUGUUGAGAAUAGAAACUUUCUAUAUUGCUGCUCUGGCUUUGUGGGUUUGUGAACAGGUAGAGGAUUCUGUCUCAGGAAUCUGGAACUAGAUCUACCUUAAAAUGAAUAUGCAGUUAGUUGUUGCAGGGAAAUUUAUAUCUUUCUAAAGGGCUGUUGCAACCGCAGAAACAGAAAACAAAGUAUUUUCUAGUCCCAGUUAUCAAUACUCCUCGCAACAUACAAUGUUAAGCUUUUGGUGGAAUAGUAUGGUGUUAAAAUUAGACGGGACUCCUGCUGUGUAUAAAUCAGCCUGGUAAAAUGUGUCUGAGGUAAAUAGUAGUCAUGUGUAGCAAGUCUCUCCAAGUUGAUGCUAAGAUCUGUAUGAACAAAUCAGUAAGGCCCAAGACACAGAAAGAAGCCAUGGAAUGUUACAGCUGUGUGACCUGUGAUCCCGGGUUUAGGACAUGCCAUGAUGGGCACACAAUCAGAAGUGUUGCAGUAGGUUUCAGCCUUUGUACUUUGUCAUGUGAUGUAGCCAACAGUUGAUGACAAGGUUUCAUGUAAUAGGAGUGUCUUCCUCCAGCCCUUUAUUUUGAAAUCCUUUUAAUUUAAUGUAAUAGUUAAAUCUUAGGAAAAUAUACUUCUUCUUCCUGGCACCAGAUAUGCAGCAAUAGGGACAAGUUAUACUUUUGCAAGUAGAAAGCUGAGCCCUCUACUUACCUGGCUUAAUACUUCCUUUUACUGUCAUGAUUUCCAAGAAAUUAGUCUAGAAGACAGUUAGUUCAGUUCACAAAACUGCUGUGGGUUCUACACACAAGAUUCUGUCCAAGAGAUUAAUGUGGGAAUUAGGCACCCAGUUGUUCAUUUAUAAGGCCAAAAAGAAAAGGAGAAAUGCUGUUGUAUGUUGAUUAUUCAGCAGCUCUAAACACAUCUUGUAAUGCAGGAGAAUGCACAGUAUUUCACAACGCAAGUGGAAUAACAAACAAGCUUAGUUGAUAUUGGUAGUACCAGUAUCAGAUUUGCUUAAAUUGGGAAAAGGCUACUUAAAUGUUCAAAUGAACGUGUUCCAAGAGCACUUGCCAAUUUAUAUCAAUGUCACAGUAUUCACAUAUUACAAAUCAGUAAAGCUUUUCUUUGUAAAGUUA